AUGGGGGGCACGGACUUCAUCAUCGGCUGCGUGGGAAAGCCCUCUGCAGGAAAAUCGACGUUCUUCAACGCAGCCACUGAGGGGUCCAAUGCGAAAGUCGGGAACUUUCCCUUCACGACGAUUAACCCGAACGAAGGAAUCGGGUUCUUCCUCACAGACUGCCCCUGCACGAAAAACCCCGACGCCGCCUGCGCUCCGCGGUACGGCCGCUGCCUCAAAGGCCGGCGCUACGUGCCCGUGAAGCUCCUCGACGUCGCAGGGCUGAUUCCGGGGGCUCACCAGGGUCGCGGGCUGGGGAACAAGUUCUUGGACGACCUGCGGCACGCCGACGUCCUGAUGCACGUCAUCGACGUCUCCGGCACCACGAAUGAGAAGGGAGAGACUACGAUCGGGUACGACGCCAGCCAAGAUCAUGCGUGGCUUCUUGAGGAAAUGCAGCUCUGGAUCUUCAACAACUUGUGGAGCCGAUGGCCGUCGAUUGCGCGCCGACAGAGAGCCACUGCCAGCUCGCUGUUGCUCACAUUUAGCCAGCAGUUCAGCGGCUACGGAGCGCAGCAGCCGCUCAUCGAGUCGGUCCUGCGGACGUUUGACGAGCGACAGCGGAAAGGCCCGCCCCUGGCGGCUCCUGCCGAACCAGUGCGCCACGGCGAAGACGACUGGGAGCCCCGCAACCUCGGGAAUGACUUGACUCUCUGGGACAAAGAGCGCGUUCUCGAACUGGUCAAAGUCUUCGUCGAGCUCCGCUUUCCUUUCGUCCUUGUUCUAAACAAGUGUGACGUGGGGGUCGAUGCGGACCGGAAUGUGGUGAAGAUUUCGGAGAAAUUCUCUCAGCAGCCUCUGGUCAUGUGCAGCGCCUUGGCAGAGUGUUUCCUUCAAAAGAUGAAGCAACAGAAGUACGUCCUCUACGAAGAGGGCGACUCCACGUUCUACACGCGCGCCGACGCUGACGACAAGUUCUGCAUGAUGGACGAGGGGACGCGGGAAAAGGCGCGGAAACUCAAACCCCUAGACGACAAGAACGCUGCCCGUCUCGAAAAAAUCAAGGAUAUGGUCAUUUACCGGUAUGGCGGCACUGGAGUCCACGAGGCCAUCCGCGCCGCGGUCUCGCGGCUAGGGAACCGCGUGCCGGUGUAUCCUGUGCGUUCUUGGCACGCGACGGGCGCGAAGGCGGCGAACUUGUACGCCGAGUGUCUCCUCGUUCCGCGCAACACCAGCAUGCGCGAGUUUGCCGGUAUGCUGCACGCGGCGAUGGAGAGGAACUUUUUGUACGCCGAGGGCCCAGACGGCCGCAGACUGAAGGAAUCCGAUCCACUUACGGAGGAUAACAACGUAGUUCGCAUCGUCACAGACGCGAGCGGCAUCUAA